ACAUUUGACAGACAAACACAAACAUGAUUUUAUUCCUUGCUCAUCGUACUGUGCUGGAUAUAUUCCUGGCUGUUUGUAAUUUCCUGUAAAAUCCUGUCUUGGAAUGAUGUUGUGUGUUUCGCUGUGAGUUUAGACAGCGACAGGGCUCACAGAGUCCUCUUCAGGGGCUAAAGGUCCUGAAGUUUCUGCGCAUGUGCGGGAUUCUCUAAUUAUGCACAGUCUCUGCUCUACUCUUAAAGAACACGCUACUCUCGUGAAUGGUGCUCAUUUAGUAAAGUUAAAUCAAAGCUGAAUCAGUGUCUGCAAGAUCACAUAAUGAUAGUAUAUUACAUAACAUAACCAAAUAAGGCAUAGUAUAACGUUACUGUAAGUUAAAAAACUUUUUCUUUUUUUUUACAUUUUAGGAUGAUUGUAUGAAUGGUCAAAUGUGUGUCUCAUACAGCAACAACUCAACAACACGUGCCACUAGGAAAAAGAUGUGCUUUGAUUGAAACAAAACACUAGUAUUCUACAGUUUCUUAACACCAUCUUCUCUACAUCUACUAAAUGCAUAUUCCCAUGAAAUUGAUUGAGAUCAAAUGGUUGGCAUGCAGAUGCUGCAUGGACAUUUCACUGGUUAAACUUGAAGAAUUAUAACUCACGAUUGACUGUGACAAAUGGUUGCGGUAAAGAAACACAUGCACAGAUCAUGAUAAGGAUCUUUCCAGGGGAUCCACGGGGUGGGACUGGGACUGAACGGGCGGUUACCUACUGCUCCGCACCCUCAACCUAAAUAAAUAGGCUUACAGGAAACCCUCUCUGAAUAACCUUAAACUGACUGGGAGUAGAUCAUAGACCGUAUUGGAAUACACAGGACAAGAAAAUUGUGACAACAUGUGGGAUAGGAUUAUUUUUUGUGGACUGGUGAUCUGUCUCAUCUGCCUCACUGAACAGACUCAGGGCCAGAAAACACCUUUAGUUGUUCAAGGGACAGAUUGCACACAGAUCAAAACUCUCUCCCCUCGAGCCACCAGUGGAGUGUAUGUCAUUCAGCCUGCAGGAGUCACAUCCCCCUUUAAGGUGUAUUGUGAGAUGCUGGUGGACGGAGGCUGGACAGUCUUUCAGAGGCGCACCGGGGCAGAAGUUCUUUUCAACAGGAAGUGGGCAGUGUACAAACAAGGCUUUGGGCAUCUACGGAAGGACCACUGGCUGGGUCUGAGUAAGGUGUUUGCUCUAACCAAGGGGGGCCGGGGGCUGAACUCGACUAUGCGGGUCAACCUGUGGGACUUUGAAGGGGGCACUGCCUUUGCUGAGUACAGUGACUUCCAUCUGGGCCCGGAGAGGGGGGCCUAUAAGCUGAACGUUGGAGCCUACAAGGGCAACGCAGGUGAUGCCAUCCGUGGGAAAUACGCCGGCAUUGACCAAAAUGGCUUUGGCUUCAGCACAAACGACAAGGACAAUGACGGCUGCUCACCCUGCAUCUUUGGCGACAUCGCCGAGAACGAGUGCAGCUUCUCUGAGGGAGGAGGAGGGUGGUGGUACAGUCGCUGUGGUUCUGCCAGCCUGAACGGUGACUGGCACCCCGCCGGCGAACACAUCGGCUGGGCCUCCGGCCUCCACUGGGAGACCUGGAAAGGACCUGCCCCAUACUCGGCCCGAGCCAGCCGCAUGAUGAUCAAGUCUGUGUGGAAGAAGAUUAUUACAGCAAACUAAUACGAAAACAAAUCAUGAAACUAUUUCGUAAACUGAAAUAAAACAAUUAAGGCAAGGUUUGACAAACAAACCUAUACUGAAACUACGAUCUUUAACUUACUAAAAUAAAAACACUGGACCAGUUCAGGUCUAUAAGUCCAACAUGGUCAGAGCCACCAUGUUUCCAGUGAAGACAAAAUACCAUGUGGACAUUUUAUUUGUUACACUGCAACAAUUAUGCAUAUCUAAUGUGAACAGUUUAAAUAGUUUGACAUAACUUAUAGUUUGGAAUGUUGAUAUUGCAUGCGUGUUCAAAUAUAAUUAUCUUUAGAACAUUUGUUUAGCACACACUUAGCCCAUACAUACUUAGCCCAAGUUCAGACACCAUUAGUUUGCCCUGUAAACAUGCUUGAAUUCACACAUUCAAAGCUCUGUGUUUAAAGUGAAAUAAAAAGUUGUACUUAUUGCAUAUUAAAUGGUUUCUCAUCAUACAGUAAAUAGGUUGUUGUUCUCCUACCCUAGAAGCCUGGUUUCUAGCUUUGAUUGAAUAGGGAUAUUUAGCUUUGUUACACAUUGCUACAUUAAUCCCAGGGCUCACUUGAAAAAGAGAUCUCAAUGUGACUGAUCAUGGUUAAAUAAAGCAUAAAAAGAAUAAAAGAAUGAAGGCUUCAACUUUGAUGAACAGAUUAUGAUUAACAAAUCAACAUGCCCUGUUGUGCCUACUACAACUCUUUGAACAUGAUGUAACAUUUCAGAGAAAGCAGAACAAUUAGAAGAAAUGAGUCUUCGUCAACAAUUUAAUUUCUGUUUCAAAUAAAAGCAGCCCACUUUGUCACCUGUAGGAGUCUCACUCAGCAUUCCUGUG